GCCCCGAAAAUGUCACAAAAAAUAUUAGCCCCGUAUCCCCCACAAUAACAGAUGACGACACACCACACAAGAUCGUGAUUCCACAGAAGGACGUAAACAAUUAGCUAAAGAUGGCUGGAGGGUUUCGAUAUAAGAUUUGGGAUCCUCCAUUGAUUAUUUCACAAAUCAUCACAAUGCAGGCAGUUUAUUACAUUGGUCUUGGUAUAUGGAUUGCCUUUAUGGAUGUCUUCACUGGACAUCACAGAUCACUUGAUAGUAUCUUCAAAUACCAGGAGAUCCAAAUAAAAGAGGGACAUGGAAGAGCGGUGAUGGCUGCAUUUAUUCUCAAUGCUCUAACUGGAUCCUUAGGAUUGUGGAAAGUUGUUCAAAGAACAAAGCAGUGUCUUGAUUUCACAAUAACUGCUCAUUUUCUACACAUGUUAUUCUGUUGGUUUUAUAAUGGCCAUCUCCCUUCUCAACCGUCAGUGUGGCUCCUCCAUCUUGUAACCAUAACGCUUAUGUGUGUUCUUGGAGAAUAUCUUUGUAUGAGGACUGAGAUGCAGAAUAUCCCUGUGAUGAGUUCAAAAGUUGAUCUGUGAAUAGUACGUCAGUUUUUAUACUGUAUUUAUAUUAUUUUAUUUUCUAUAUUUGUAAUAAUAGUCAAUAUUAGCUAGUGAAAAUUAUCUAGAUGUAUAAAAAAAGAAAAAAGAUACCUAUAAAACUUGUAUGAACCAUUUCCACUUAGGCGUAUAGGGUAUUUUAGGAAAUAUUUUUAACUGGAGGUUUGUGAUAUUGAUUUUAGUAACGAGAAUGUUGGAAGUAUUUUUUUUUUUCUCUUUUAUUUAGGACAUAGCUAGGUAGGAUUGCAGUCCCAAUACAUCCAAAGAAUUCAGAUGAUUUUGUUGUUGACCUUAGUGUUAGAAGUCAUCCAGUGAGACAAUAUGAAGCUUCCAAAUAUUACCUUCCAUAUAGAUGAAGGAUAGAAGAAACAAAAUGAACAGAUGUAGAAAAUUUUGAAUACCUCACUUUAUAAUAGGCUUCUCUCCCCCCCCCCCCCUCUCUCUCUCUCUCUCUCUCUCUCUCUCUCUCUCUCUCUCUCUCUCUCUCUCUCUCUCUCUCUCUCUCUCUCUCUCUCUCUCUCUCUCUCUCUCUCUCUCUCUCUCUCUCUCAGAAAUUACCUUUUGUUUCAUUAAUGACUGCAUAUGUAGAAAACCAUGCAUUGGAAAUACAGAAAUGUUUUAUAGCAUGUUUGAUAAAAUGUCAAAUGAAAGUCAAGCCACUGUGCAAUAAUGUGUAACUGUUUUGCAUCAUGCACAGUGGACUAACAUUGGAUAAAUAGAAUGGAAAAAAGGAAAGAACAAUAUUUUUUUGCUAAACUCUUUUGUUUCUUUAUUCCUAUUGGUUAUUUUUAUAAUACAAUUUGUGAUAGAAGUGAACAUGAACUUUUAGUGUUUUUAUUUUUUAGCUGAUAGGAUGAUUAUUAAUGAUAACUGUAGUAAUUUUACAAGGACUACUAUUAUUGCUGAUGAUGGUCAUGAUGUUAGUUUAUUUUGUUUUUUUGUAAAGAUUAUAUUUUUUCUCAUUAAAUAUAUCAUAUA